AUGGUAACAGAUCCAGAUGCGGAGGUGAUAGCACUAUCUCCCAAGACCCUAAUGGCAACAAACAGGUUUAUAUGUGAGGUGUGCAGCAAAGGGUUCCAAAGGGAGCAAAACCUACAGCUACACAGAAGAGGACACAACUUGCCUUGGAAGCUUAAGCAGAAGACUACAAAAGAGCCAAAGAGAAAGGUUUAUCUGUGUCCCGAACCCACAUGCGUCCACCAUGACCCUUCAAGGGCUCUUGGAGACCUCACAGGGAUUAAGAAACACUACUCUCGCAAACAUGGCGAGAAGAAGUGGAAGUGUGACAAGUGCUCCAAGAAGUAUGCUGUUCAAUCAGAUUGGAAAGCCCAUUCUAAGACUUGUGGCACCAAAGAAUACAGAUGUGACUGUGGCACCCUCUUCUCCAGGAGAGACAGUUUCAUCACCCACAGGGCCUUCUGUGAUGCACUUGCUCAAGAGAGUGCAAGACAGCCACCAAACCUUAGUGCCGCCAUUGGAACCCACAUCUUCGGAACCACCACCAACACCAUCCCCUUGAACCUUUCUCAGGUUGCUUCUCACAUAUCCAGCAUCCAAGACACCAACACCCAACCACCUGAACUCCUCCGCCUCGGUGGUGCUGCCGCUGCGACCAGAACUACCCAAUUCGACCACCUCCUAGGUUCUCCCUUCAGACCCUCCCAACAACAGCAACCCUUCUUCAUCGAACCUAACCACAGCUAUCACCCCGACCAACACCAACAACAAGGUUUGCUCCAAAACAAGCCCUUCCAACAAGGACUAAUGCAACUGUCUGAUCAUCUCAACAACAACAACUCACCCUUCAACCUUCCCUUCCUUUCAAACACCACCACCAAUGCUUCAUUCUCUGAAAACUUCAACAAUGCCAACAACACAAACGAGGGCACCAACUUCUUCACAACUUCAAGCGCUCCUUCGCUCUUCAGCAGCAGCAACAAUGCUGUCAGUGCCAACGCCAAUGCACUAUCUCACAUGUCUGCAACUGCACUGCUUCAGAAAGCUGCACAAAUGGGUGCAACUUCGAGCAACAGCACCGCUUCGCUAUUGAAAAGUUUCGGAAGCGCGUCCUCCAGCAGCGGCUCAAAAUCCGAGCAACACAGGCCACUGGUAAAUGCUGCAAACUACGGUGGUGGAAUCUUCGGAGGAAACGUGAACGAACAGAGUAACAGCAACCUACAAGACCUGAUGAACUCGUUCGCUGUUAGUGGAAACUCUUCCAUUUUCGAAGGUGGGUUUGAAGCAUAUGAUCAUAACAGUAAUAAUAACAACAGGGAGGGGAAAGUGCACGCAAUGAGUGGAAGCAGCAGCAUUGGAGGGUCUGAUAGACUCACCCGCGAUUUUCUGGGUGUGGGUCAGAUAGUGAGAGGCAUGAAUGGAAGUGGAAGUGUUGCACAGAGAGAACAACAACAUGGCUUCAACCUGAGUUCUCUGGAAGCAGAUCAAAGAAACAACAAUAACAGCAAUAACAACAGUAACAAUAAUGCUGCGCCGUCAGGCCUAGCUUUUGGAGGUGGUGGAGGGAAUUUUCAGUGA